ACGCGUUACGUGAUUGCGUCACAGAUCAGGAAGAGGACCAGUAUCUGGACGGAAGAGCGUUACGCCUAUGUGUUUGUUUUAAACUGCCAAAUACGCAAGUAUGACCCAUUUUCUCUUCGUUUAACACUUUAAACCUUUUGCCCGUAUGUUUCUGUUUGUAAGCGUUCGUUAGUGGAGAUCAGUGUCAGCUGUUUUAGGAUCAGCAGGUUGAUCUGAGGAGUUAGCUUGAGUUAGCUGCGGAGCUAACAGCUGGGCUCGGUUCUGUCUCAGUCCCGGUACUUCAGAGGGUCAACACCAGCACAGAAAAUAACUCUGAGGCUAUAAUUGUGUUUUAACAUCAAAAGAAACACGCAGAAAAAAUAUGCAAACGUUUGAACUGAAAGAGCUGAAAUAAUCCUCUCUGUGUGUUUAAAUGUCUGUCAGCCUGAAGCUCCGUUAGCUGGACAACCCGUUAGCAUGCUAACAGGUGUUGACCCAGAUCCAGCAGGUAAACCUCAGCUGUCAGAGGAACAAUCAGAUCUGCAUUAAACAACACGAGAGUGGACUCUGAGCUUUAAUGUUUAACCGGUCUGUAACAAUAAUAAUGAAGGUAAAAACUACAAAAAACAACCUCCUGUGUUUGUCAGGUACCAUCAGCUGUGGACAGGUGUGAUCCGGACAGGUGUCGCAUCUGACACUCUCUCUCUUUCUCUCUCUCUGUGGUAUUCACACACUCUCAUACAACAACAUUUACCUUUGAGUCAGUGUUUGUGAUGUUUAAACAGGCUGGAUGAUGAAAUGGUGUCAGUGAUGAUUCUGGAAAUAUUUACAAUUGAAAUGUUAAAACUGUAUCAUGGUGAAAACAAAAAAAUAGACUUUGUUGUUACUAAUAAUGUUAAUGACAAUGAUUAUAAUUAUGAUUUACUUUGUUAUACAGCACUUUAGAAGUGCUUCACAAAUUAAUGGCAGAAAUGAGAAAGAAACCAAGUGAAAGUGAAACGAUCAACCUCAGACCACCUUAAAACAAGUUCAAAACACUCAAAAAUCACAAACAGGUAAAAAGGAAAUAAAGCAAUUGAAAUAAAAAACAGUGCUUAAAGUUGUGCUUAUUGAAGCAUGCUCAGAUAACAGCACAUCCUGAUCUCAUCGGGGGCUUGUUCCAGAGGGUGUGGACUCUGACAGGAGAGGCUUACUCACCUUUGGUCAUCAGUCCUGACGGGGAGACAGCGAGCAGAGCUUUGUCUGGGGACCUCAGACUAUGACUGUGCAGAUAUAGAUAAAGGAGCUUCCCGAGCCUCUAUCAUGGAGAACCUUUCAUCAUAGAGUCACUUUUACAACACCGUUUAAAAGAAAGAGAAAUUAAGAAAGGUGGAAACUAACUAAAUAUACUGUGAAAAAAAGAAAUCCACUCCUCUGUGAAUUAUUCUGAGACAUCAUUUUGAUUCUUUUUUUAUUUUUCUGACUUCAACUGAACAUGCUCUUGUUUUAACUAUGUUUUCUUAUUGUUUUUAGGAGGUCUUUUAACAUUAUAUCUUAAAUUCUCACUCUGUGUGCGCUUGUGUGUUUGUGUGGGUGAGUGAGGGUGGGUGUCUUUGUGUGUGUGUGGGUCCAUUGAUGGGUGGGAGGGUUGGGUUUUAUUGUAGUUUUUAGCCUUUGUGAGGCACUUUGAACUACAUUUUUUGUCUGAAAAGUGCCAUACAAAUAAAGUUCAAUUUGAAUUUUAGUUCAAGUUGUCUUCUUUAAUACAUCCCAUUUUUCCAGAAGCAUCACAUUGUCUAAUGUGGUUAAAGGAAAUAAGAAAUUGGAAUCAGCAUAUUGAUAAUGCUUUGUUUUCAUUCAUUACAAUUUGUGCAUGUAUGAGUCUGCUUUCAGUAUCCUUGAAAAAGAAAAAUGCCAUUUUCCAACAUCUCAUGAAAGAAAAAUGUUUGUAAUCUUUUUAAACUGGUAGAAUAAUCUAAACUGACUAUGUAACUUGGUGAUGGUUGUUUUUGUUUCUCUGUAUAUUUACCCUCCACCCUCAUUAUUUUUGUUACACUUUAUUGUACGUUUAUGUUGUUUCUAGUCUGUUGUCCUGGGUUUUUGUGUUGUGUUUUGUGUGUCACUCAUACUUUGUUGGUGUAUUUUGCAUCUUUAUAAAAUGUCAUGUCAUGUUUAAAAAGAGCUUAACUUUAAAAAAAAUAAAUCUUAAAACAAACAUGGCAGCUGAUCAUAAACACAUUUCCUCUCUUUGUGUGCAGAUAAAGGUCGACCUCUCCUGCAGACAUGUCGUACACUAAAGCAGACACAUACCACCCCGUCCCCCGGGACUUCAACAGCCUCAUACAGACCUGCAGCUCCAACAUCCAGAAGAUCACACAGAACAGUAAGUGCUGCCUUCUCACGGAGAGAAAGAUUUCAUUAUUCUGUAUAAACAAUGUUUAAUUUGAUAAUGCUUUCAGUAUGACAAGAAUCCUCCUGAAAUAAAAACAGACAGAUCAUGAGUAACACAUUAGAACAAAGUUUUUAUAUUUGUGCUCUAAAGAUAUGAACAUUUAAAAAGAACAUGUUGAUAUAAUUACAGACAACAAAGUAACAGUGGACAUCUUAGUUUACUGUGAAAUAUUAGUGCCUCCUCCUCCUCCUCCUCUUCGCUGCCUGAUAGUUUGUACCAUGUUGAAACUUCCUUGUGCUCUGAAACUCAUAAUGGUGAAGUGAAAGUGACAGCUGUUUGAGAGGGGAAAGAAAGAGAGGGAGACACAGCAGAUGGCACAUCUUCUCUCAAUCUGGAGUCUCAUAUUUUUGUGAGAAACAAUCCUGUGUUGAAUCUUAGUUGUUUGUGGUGUGUUAUCUUGAGCUUUUGUGGAGAUCAGGCCUUACAGAUUUCUGCUGAAUGAAGUAGAGAGAUAUGGUAAAAGACUGAAAUUCAGCUGCUGUAACUCAAAGAGGAGAAACAGGUUGAUCACAGUUAAAAAAAAUCCUUGAUUGUCCCCGAUUAUAAUGACUGAGAACAUGUAAAAACAGUUGCGUGGUGCUUCUGCAUUUCUGUGGCUCGUGGUCAUGUUUCUUACUGUAAUGACUUCUUUACUGUAAAUGUCAGACUUACCCUCAUGUUGUUGUUGACAGCUGCUCAGAUAAAGACCAUGGUGAACCAGCUGGGGACCAGACAGGACACCAGUGAACUCCAGGACCGUCUGUAAGUAUCACCUCUAUCUAUGUUGUUUCUUCUCUCUGACACACAAUCUCAGUAACAGCCGUACAGGAAUUUACUCUGAUAUGAUGUAACUACACUGGAGCUGCUGCACUCCAGUCCUAUCUGAUGAAACUGUCCAGAAUCAAACCUGCCUCUGUCAUCACCAAGCCUUUAAAACAAAGAACUAUUUAAUCCUGUAACAGAGUAAAGAUUUUGCUCAGAGAAGACUCCGUGUAGAUCAGAGAGUAGAGUGGUAUAUUUUAGUGUACAGGGUGAUGAUCUUGGCUGUAGAUCGUUUUUUAAGUCCUCUCCCUCUAUCUGUCUGUUUGCAGGCAGCAGAUUCAACACUACACCAACCAGCUGGCUAAAGAGACCAACAAACACCUGAAGGAGCUGGGCUCCAUCCCUCUGCCCUCCUCACCCUCAGAGCAGGUGAGAAUCGGUCUCUGUUUAAUAAUGUAAUUUUUAUAUACAGUAUGUCUGUUUACUUCUGCAUCAUACAUGUGUGUUUUACCUACAAUUAUGUGUUUAUUGGCACGUUUUAAUGUUUAAAGCCUGAAAUCUUUUAAAUUCAUACAAUUUAAAGCCCCUGUGAGGAACGUCUGAUUUGUAUCAGAUUUGGUGCCCCCCUGUGGACACAGCAGCCUCUGCUUAUCUUGUCUUCUCCAUGCUUAACCAGUUUCUUCUGUUAUUAUGCAAAUCUUUAGAAUAUUUGUCAUAUAAUUACGUUGUAUCAGGGAACGCUGUUUAAAUUAUGGAUUUUAAAUAAUGUAAAAUAAAACAAAAAACAACAACAGGUGAAAAAGUAUUCUUUGUAACUGACAUUAUUUUCCUCUAAAUUAAAAUUUUAAGGGUCAAAGACUCAAGUUUGAACUCAAGAUGAAAUAAAUAAUAAAUGAUCAAUAUAGAGUUUUAAAAGAACCAAAACUGAACAGUGAAAAAGGAUCACAGACUCAUGAGAAAACUUAUUUAAGUAUGAACCUGUGUUGAGUGUUUUUUAUGAAUGGGAUUUGGGCAGUUUAGUUAUCCUGAUUUGUUACAUGGUUGGUCUGACCCUCUCUGUGCUGCUGACCUCUAACUGAUCCUGCCCAUCUCUCUCUCUUUGUUCAGAGGCAGCAGAAGAUCCAGAGGGAUCGACUGAUGAACGAUUUCUCUGCAGCUCUCAACAAUUUCCAGGCCGUUCAGCGACGUGCCGCCGAUAAGGAGAAAGAGUCUGUGGCCAGAGCGAGGGCCGGCUCCAGAUUGUCGGUAAGUCAGAGAUCGUUUCAUACCUUAGAGGUUCACCUGAGCAGGACAACAAAGACAACAAAGAUAAAACUUGGAUUCAUGUGGGGCCUGAAAGUCUGUGUUAGACUGACUCUGAGUUUGUGUUUUCUCUUCCUCCUCAGGCUGAUGAUGUCCCUCGAGAUGAGAAACUUGUUUCUUUUGACAAGUAAGUCUUCUCUAAUUCUUGUGAAUCAGGUUGAUCUUUGGAUAAAGACACCAACAAGGUGUUUGUCUGGAGGAAGUAAUUAGAAAGGUGACAGAAAUAUCACCAAAAACAUCAUCUCAUCUCAAGCCUCUUUUAGAUAUGCACAAAGUUCCCGAAAAUGUCCUGAAAGUCCCUGAGGGUGAGCUGCUAAUGUGAAUACAAACAACUGAGUUUCCACCCUGACUCCACACUGAAUAUGUCCUGCUGGUGUUGAUGUCUUUCAUGCUGCUUGUACUCUGUCUAGUUUUGCUACUUGACGUCACAAUCAGGCUCCCAAAACUCUCCCCACGUCUGACAGGAGAGACCUGACAUUGUGUGGGUGUGUGAGGAGUACAGUCAGGAGUUUUUUGUCACAGCUCCUGAAAUUUUCUGGACAUUUCACAAAGGUCAUGUCUGAAAAAAAAAACUGAAUUCAUGAAACCAGGGUGUGUGAUGAUGAAAUGUUAAAUUCAUCUCAAUCAGUUCCUAAAAAUUGAAAUACAGCAGAGCUUUGUAUCCGGUGUUUGCAGAUACUGCCCUCUGCUGGAAAAAAAGUGAGACUGCAACACAGAUCCUCACUUUAUAUGCACAAAAGUUCAAUUUUCAAGCUGCAGGGAUAAACUAGUGUCCAUGUUGAUGAUAAAAAAUAAAUUAUUGUUCUUUGUAACAAAGUUUUUCUUUUACUUGCAAUCAUGCAAAUAAACACAGACAGCUAAAUAAACUCAAAACUAAGCAAGUGUCUUUGUCUUGUAAGACUUUUCUUAACCAAAUAAGAAUAAUAACCAAAUUACGUUUUUGUGAAAGAAAUUAUGGUUUUGUAGCUUCUCAGUGUGAUUUACUAUUGUUAAACAUGUAAAUUCUUGUAUGCAUAGACAUUACCUGAUGGGGUCAGUAAUGUAACAGCUGUACAGAAUACCAGUCAUUCACUAAAGAAAUAAUUGUGAGUUUUUUUCUGCAUUAAUAAAAUUAUGAGGUUUAAAAUUAUGAGGAAAAGUUCCAGUUUUUCUAAAACUGAGAACUAUGUGGCCCACACGGCCCCCAAAACCCCAAACCUGCACUGACAAAUAAAAAGACAGUAAAAAAACAACACUCAGGACUCUUCCACAUAUUAAGAGUCACUUACCUCUUUACGUUUAAUUUAAAUGAUUUCCUCUGUGUGUGUUUGAAGCCAAGACGACUGGGGUCAGAUGACGACUCAGACGGAGGAGGCAGCCAUCACAGAGGAGGACCUGGAGCUCAUCAAGGAGAGAGAGACCAACAUCAGAAGGCUGGAGGUCAGUCUGACUUCUUUAUUUGGAGUUAAACUUGUUCUUUAUAGGAGUUGAGUAUUUGGAUUAUUAAAAAGCCUCAAGCGUCGCUUUGAAUCUAUAAAACUUCAGAUUUCCUGCCAUAGUUGAACAUGAGCUCAGGAUAGUCUUAUAUGCCAAACCUAAAAUGCUAACACAUCUCUUUUAAUAUAGCUACAGUUUUAUAUCAUAUAAUCUAAUUACCCACAUAAUCAUCACUAUGAGGCAGCAUCAGUACCAACCUGCUGAGAGGGAGAGAGGAGAUUAUUUAGACGACCACUGCUCACAGACAUGUAGCUGUCUAAACUGUAUGUUUUAUUUAUUGUUGUGUACAUGUAUAUUUUAGAUAUGUUGCGUAUGUCAGAGAAAAGGCAUGUUUGCUUUGUUGUUUAAACGUUUCUUUACACAUACGGUCAGCACAAUCAGCAGUCCUCCCGGCCCUCCUAUCACUCUUUGUGAAUCAGCAGUCACACAAAUAAAGUUUGUGUUUGAAUGAAUUAAUAUUUUUAUUUUCAUGCCAUGCCACCACUGUAGUCCAUUCCCUAUUACCGCAACAUGGAGAUUUGCAUCUUUACAGCAUUAAAGACAAAAAUACCUUUUAUGAGCAGGCAGGAUUUCUUCUGAGGUUUGUGGAUUAAUCACCAAACUGAUCGAUCAAAUACUCUGUAACUAAGAUAUAUGAUGACUGCCGCCCUUCUGUAUAUUAACAUCAACACACAUCAGGAUACAGAGGGUAAGCCCUGCACCACAACCUCUGACUGAUCCUGACCUGUUUCCUGUUUCAGUCUGACAUCCUGGAUGUGAACCAAAUCUUUAAGGACCUGGCUGUGAUGAUCCACGAUCAGGGAGAGAUGAUUGGUGAGCAUGUGACUUUUAAAAGUAUUGAAAACUUUGACCACCUCUCUCCAGUGUGUUGGGUUGUUUUCAGGUAGGACAGAUACAUUUUAAUGUUGCGUUUGGUCUGUGGCAGGUGUUAAUUCCAGACCCUGAAUGCAGAUGUGUUUAUUUUGUUGCUACAGAGUCAUGUGACUAAUGCUCCUGUGUUCUCUGUCCUGCAGACAGCAUCGAGGCAAAUGUAGAGAACGCUGAAGUUCACGUAGAGCGAGGAACAGAGCAGCUUCAGAGAGCCGCCCACUACCAGGUGAGUCUGCAGUAGGGCCCAACCAAUAUGGAUUUUUGGGAGCUGAUGACGACACCGAUUGUUAGGGGGCUGGCCGAUUACCGAUUAGUCUCAAACGGGCUAAAAUUGGCCCUAGUCUGCAGCACGUUCCCUGUCUUGUACCUGCCAACAGUCUGUGAUGUCAUACAGGUAACCGUCUUGUCUCUGCUUCUCUGCCACAGCAAAAGUCCAGGAAGAAGAUGUGCAUCCUCGCCAUGGUGUGCUCCAUCGUGCUCAUCAUACUCAGCAUCAUCAUCUGGCAGGCUGCAAAGAACUGAACUGACUCUAUCCUUCUCACAUGUCACUGCUAUAUUUUACUCCGCCCCCUCCCACCUGCAAGUACCUGCUUGGAAUCAGAUGAAGAAGAAGAGGCCAGGGACUUUUCUGAUCCGACGUGAUGGAGCCUGAUCCUGUAAUUUUGAAAACGUCUGAUUCGCUCUGAGAUGAAGGAUGAAGAACUGAGGUGGUGGAGGGGAGCGAUCUAAGAUUCCUUCAUUUGCUAUUUUUCAUUUUUCCUUACUGCACUAACACUAGCUGUCACUGUAUUUCAGAUGUAAAAAUGUUUAUGGGUUUAUUUCAAAAAAAUGAAACAACUUGUUGAAGAUUUCGUGGUUUUUAGGGGCUGUAAAUUAUUUCUUUGUUGAGUUAGUGGCUGCUGCUCUCACAGAAACUUGAGGGGUCUGACUCUGGUGAUGGAAGCAGAGGUUGUAAUAUACAUGUUGUAAAAUGGAAGCAGAUUAACAGUAUGAAUAAAAACCAUGCGUGUAAAUAUGCCACUGUGCCACGGUAUAUUCUGCUCAGAACAUUAUGGAUGAUAAAUAACGACAGUGUCUCUGGAUGAAGCAUCAAACAUUUUUAUUGAUUUCUAUGACUCCUGAUGAGAAGCGAAAUAAAUGUCUCAAACACUUCCGAUCCUUGAGACGUGUUUUCUGUCUGAGUGAUAGUGUCAAAGGAAAUACUUUAAAUAUUGAAACUGAAGCAUAUGGUUUUAUGAUCGAUAUCAGCUCAGACCCUGAAGUGUUGAGCGGCUGAAAUUCUCUAUCAGGCAAAAAUGGGACAACAUUUGGCUUUUAGACUCCAGAACCUGGUUUCUUGCGUUCACUAAGGUUUACAGAGCAUCCAUGCUGUAAUGAUGACUGUUCUUCACAGUUCUUCC